UGCGCAUUAUAUCCGAGGUAUGCGCAUUCCCUGUUCCAAGCCUUGGUAUGAAGCCGAUCACGUGCUUUUCAUCAUCAAUUUAAGAAGGGAAAGUCAUUGGGUUUUUGGGCGUCUUGACGUGCACGAAAGGACGUUAUUUCUGUACAAUUCUUUGAGAACCGCGAAGAUGAAUGCCGCAGCUAGGAAUGCGAUGAAGGCUUAUUCCGUGUUGUUGCCUUUGUUUUUCGAUUUACUUGGGUUCUGGAAGAAUAGAGCACAAGUUCCUGCCUCAGUUUCUGACCCUACAGCUCCAUUCAGAAUCGUGGAGCUUAGUGGUCUUGCGUCUCAGCAGAAGAAUGAUUGUGGAGCAUAUGUUGCUGCCUUUGCUGAAUUCUUUAUACACGGAAAGGAUGUCCCCGUACUUUGA